AUGCCUGCUAUUGCUACUUCCGCUGUUGCAACUCCCUCUCCUGCCUCUCUCAAGGGCGCCAUCGAUGGACAAGUCGAUGUCGCAUCUCUCUUUGUCGCUGACAAGGCUACUCGCGAUUCUGCUGCUCAGCUCUUGGCUUCUGCCGCCCAAAAAGAUGGCCCUGCGGCCUUCACCGCCGUAGGCUUCGCCGAAGCCACUCUCAAAGCUCUCGCUGACAAAAAAUCGCCUGCCGCUCGUGAAGGCGCCGCCUCUGCUAUCACCGUACUCGCAAAGGGCGGUGCAACCAAGGCUCUUGAACCAAUCUUCAUCGAUUCUGGUCUUUACGAUGCUCUCAUUGACACUUUUGCCGAUAAAAUGCCCGCUGUCCGCGACUCUGCUGUCGGGGCUGUCCGGGAGUUCGUUGCAACCAUGAACCCAUGGGCUGCUGCUCUUAUUCUUCCUGCACUUCUUCACCAAAUAAAAACCGCCGGUAAAUGGCAAAUCAAGACCGGCUCUCUUAUCGUUUUAAAUCAGCUCGUCGUUAGCGCUCCCAUCCAGACCGCUGGUCUCAUGCCCGACAUUGUCCCAGUUCUUGCCGAAGCUAUCUGGGAUACUAAGGCCGAUGUGAAGAAAGCUGCUCGCGAUUCGCUUACAAAGGCUACUGCAUUGGUUUCCAACAAGGACAUAGAACGCUUUAUUCCGGCUCUUAUCAAGGCUUUAAUCAACCCUGUCGAAGAGGUUCCGAAUACUAUUCUGCUCCUCUCGGCUACCACAUUCGUUUCUGAAGUAGAUUCAGCUACUCUAUCUUUAAUGGUCCCCCUUUUGUCUCGUGGUCUUUCCGAGAAGCUGACCGCCACCAAGCGUAAGGUCGCAGUUAUUGUUGACAACAUGGCGAAACUGGUCGACUCUCACGUGACUGUCCGUCCCUUCCUGCCCAAACUUUUGCCCGGUCUCCUCAAGGUGGAAACCACUAUUGGUGACCCGGAGGCUCGUGGUGUUGUUGGCAAGGCGAUCGCAACUCUCCGUCAAAUUGGACAGGUUCCUGAAGGUGACGGCUCUGACCUGCCUCCUUUGAAAUUCGCCGAGGCUCCUCAGCUCGCUCAGUCGCUUGCUUCGGUAUACAAGAAGGCUGGUGGUGCUCCUCCCUCCACCACGGAUGUGACGACCGUCUACGUAUCCCGCUUGGCGACUAAUCUCGUCAACGGUAAAAACUUCGAUGUCCCCGAGUGGGAUACCCUUGCACCUUACCUCGCUUUCCUCGCCUCUUCCCCCGAGCCCAUUUCUAUUGCUAGGGAGUGGGUCGUUCGCUCUGCAACUGAGGACUCUGGUGACGAUGAUGUCCCUGAAGACGAGGAGGAAGGCGAAGACCUUUGCAACUGCCAAUUCUCCCUUGCUUACGGUGCCAAAAUCUUGCUCAACACUGCCACUCUCCGUUUGAAGCGUGGUCACCGUUACGGUCUCUGUGGAAAGAACGGUACCGGAAAGUCCACUUUGAUGCGUGCUAUCACGAACGGUCAGGUUGAGGGUUUCCCCUCUCCCGAUGAGGUCCGCACUUUCUACGUCGAGCAUGACAUUGACGGUAGCGAGGCAGACACCUCUGUGCUCCAAUUCAUCCUUUCUGACCAACGUAUUUUGGCCGAGGAAGCCGAGGUCAUCGACACCUUGGCAUCGGUUGGUUUCAGUGACGAGCGUCAGAAGGAUGCCAUCGGCAGCCUUUCAGGUGGUUGGAAAAUGAAGCUUGCACUUGCCAGGGCUAUGUUGUUCAAGGCCGACAUUCUCUUGCUCGAUGAGCCCACUAACCAUUUGGAUGUUGUAAACGUUGCUUGGUUGGAGAACUACCUUGUCGGUCUCAAGACCUGCACUUCCAUUAUCGUCUCCCACGACUCCAGUUUCCUCAACAACACUAUCACCGACGUCCUCCACUUGAACCGCUUCAAGGUUAAGCGCUACAGGGGUAACCUCGAAUCUUUCGUUAAGCAGGUCCCUGAGGCCAAAUCAUAUUACACUUUGGAGGCCGCUGAGGACUACAGGUUCAAGCUCCCUGAUCCCCCUCUCCUUGAGGGUGUCAAGACUAAGGAGAAGAGUUUGCUCAAGAUGCGUAAAGUCGGCUUCCAGUACCCCACGCAGGCUGUCCAACAGCUUUAUGAUAUCACUCUUCAAGUUUCGUUGUCCUCUCGUGUUGCCGUCCUCGGUCCUAACGGUUCCGGUAAAUCGACUCUCGUCAAGCUCUUGAUCGGUGACAUGGAGCCGAACAAGGGUGGUGAGAUCUGGAAGCAUCCUAACUUGGUCAUCGGUUACGUUGCACAACAUGCUUUCCACCACAUCGAUCACCACCUCGAUAAGACCCCUCUGGAGUACAUGCUUUGGCGAUACCAGACUGGUGAGGAUUUGGAGGAGAUGACCAAGGCUAACCGUCAAAUCUCUGAGGAGGAAGCGCAAAAGAUGAAGGAUGGUGCUGUUGUUGUUAUCGAAGGACAGAAGCGAUUGAUCGACGAAAUCAUUGCCCGCAAGAAGUUGAAGCAGUCGUACGAGUACGAGGUUUCCUUCAAGAAUCUCAGUUCGUCUGAGAACAUCUGGCUCCCUCGUGACGAUCUCAUCAAGCGUGGCUUUGAGAAGAAAGUCCUCGAAGUGGACACUCGUGAGGCUCAGCGUCUCGGUCUUCUCCGACCUCUCGUCCGUCGUGAGAUCGAGAAGCACUUUGCUGACUUUGGUCUGGAGCCUGAAUUCGUCUCGCACAACAGCAUGAGGGGUUUGUCUGGUGGUCAGAAGGUCAAGAUCGUGCUCGGUGCUGCGACCUGGCGUCGCCCUCACGUCAUCUGUUUGGAUGAGCCUACUAACUACCUCGACCGUGAGUCACUUGCCGCCCUUAUCGAGGCUUUGAAGGUGUUUGAGGGAGGUGUCCUCGUUAUCACCCACAACCGAGACUUCUCGGAGUCGCUGUGCACAGAAGUCUGGGCCAUGCGCGAUGGCCGUCUCGAGGCAUCAGGCCACAACUGGGUUGAGGGUCAGGGAUCCGGGGCCCGUAUUGACAAGAAAGCUGGUGAAGAAGAUGACACAUACGAUGCUAUGGGUAACAAGAUUGAGUCGAAGAAGGCCAAGAAGAUUACUGCAUCAGAGGCACGGAAGCUUAAGAAGGAGCGUAUGGCUCGCAAAAAGAGGGGUGAAGACAUUACGGACGAUGAACUCUAAGUGCGAGUUGUAUGUUUUCUUUUCCCCUACCAUUGUUCCUGUUUCACUUUAGGAUUUCUGUAUGCGCCUCUGUAUGUCGUGUUGUUGUUACCAUCAUGUCUUUCUUAUGGUCUGUUGUUUGUACUCUCUUGUUUACUAUUACCCUAUAAUAUGAUCACGCUCUUCAUGACUUCACGAAA